GUACUUUACUCUCUGAUAUCAUACACGACGGAGGCGUGUUCGCGGUAGUUCCCAAACAGUUUAAACUUUAAUAUUUAUCAGUCUAACUGAGCACACUGCGUUGGUAGCCGCUAACUCUCAAGUUUAACUUCACGUUAAGUCUUAUUUAAACCUCAAGAGAAAACUAAGAAAUGGCUCUGUACAGCUUAAAGAACAACCUGCAGUUUGCCACGCUGAAGACCUUGUCGCUGGUCUCCAUCAGCGUGAUGUCGCCCCAGCAGAGCGUCCAGGAGUUGUUCCGGACAGCGGACUGCGUCUGCUUCGAUGUAGACUCCACGGUGAUACAGGACGAAGGCAUCGAUGAACUUGCCAAAUUCUGCGGCAAGGGAGACGAAGUCAAAAGAUUGACGGCGGAGGCAAUGGGUGGUAGUAUGACUUUCCAAGAAGCACUCAAGAAAAGGUUAGACAUUAUAAGGCCAACAGUCAGUCAGAUCAGAGAAUAUAUCGAGAAGAAUCCCGUCCACCUAACGCCAGGAGUAUCUGCAUUAGUGAAAGAACUUCACGAAAGGGGUGUGGCCGUGUACCUCGUAUCCGGUGGUUUCCGGAGCCUCAUCGAGCCCGUAGCAGAACUUCUCAACAUACCCCCAUCGAACAUCUUCGCUAAUAGACUCAAAUUCUACUUUAAUGGUGAAUACGCUGGUUUCGAUGAGAACGAACCAACAUCCAGGUCGGGUGGUAAAGGACUGGUUGUGCGAAGACUCAAGGAGGCUCAUGGCUACCAGAGGCUUAUAAUGAUCGGAGAUGGCGCCACUGAUGCUGAGGCUAGUCCCCCCGCUGAUGGCUUCAUAGGUUUCGGUGGAAAUGUAGUUCGCGAAGAAGUACGCAAGAGGGCGUCGUGGUACGUGACCGAUUUCCAAGAGCUGACUAACGCGCUCGCCAUUCAAUCCAAAUGAUUUAUCGAAUAUAGAUCAAUUUGCACGCAACAGUGAACUCUAUUGUUUAGAUAAUAAAGAUCUGCAUCCGUCGGUGAGUCUGCAGUUAGUAAUACAGACAGCAAUAUUGCGCAGUCGAUUAUCGAUCUACUUACAGUAGUAUUAGAGUAGAGUAUGAGGAGUUAGUUUAUAGUGUUUAUAGCUUAUGUUGUUAUUUCUACUAACGUAGUUUUAAAUUGAUGGAGAAAUGUUGCUAUGCAACAAUUAAUAAUAAUAGAUAAUAUAUUUUAGACAAAUUUUGCGAAAGUUCUAUUUUAAAAACUCUUUAGUGUCUUUGCAAUAAGAAAAAUUAAUGUAUUAUAUUUGACAGUUAGUUCUUAUUGCAAGGGCAAUAAGAAUUAUGGAAAAUUUAUUAUAGAUGUGAUUUGAUCUUAGAUUGAACUGAGCUUAUGUAUCUUAUAGAAAAUUGUUAAGUAUUUUUUGACAAAAUACAAAUGUAUUUAUUAAGUGUGCUAAGGAAUUGUGAUAGUGAAUUGCUGUGUUAAUAUCGGUGUAAUAAUGACAAUUAAUUUAAUAUAUUUUAAUAUAUGUUAUUACUACUAUGAAGAUGAAGGCAGACUGUUAUUUUGUGCACCAUUAAUUUUUUUUGUGGUAUCGAGACUGCAUAUAUAUUUGAUAAUGUAGUGGGAACGAAAGCUCUGCCUUUUAAAUUAUUAAGAAUGUUGAUGGAAUAUUUUUUAUAAUAUAUAAACAUUCAAUGUGAAAAUUUUUAUAGUAAAAUGUAUUUUUAAAAUUAAAUUAGGUAGAAAUUGGAAAUUAAUAAUACUAAUCGAAUUCAGAUAUAUAUUUAUAUUUUAUUUACAGUGAAUAUAGAUUUUUUUGUUAUAGUUGAUCUUUAGCCGUAGAAAUUAUUCAUAUCGUUAUACUUAUUAGAUAUCAAAAUGGCUGUGUACUUCGUAAAUUUAAGUUUGUAAGUAAUAAAAAUGGUUUACUU